GGGGGGUAUUUUGGCUAUGUUGCUGCCAUUUUUCUUUAGGUGUAAGUGCCAAUGUCCGUGGCAAAUAGAAGUUUUCUGCAAGGAGACAAAACAGGCAGACAAGAACUGUGAUUCAAGGGAUCUACAUCCAUCAUUCAUUUCGUUGUGGAUUUCCUUAGCUUGAGCAUGGACUCUAACAUAAUUUACUGUCAAAUUUGUUCCUUUCAGCCUAUGGAAAUUUAUGUUGACGAUGAAGCCAAGUUAACCCUUCAUGGACUUGUUCAGCACUACAUCAAAUUGAAAGAGGAGGAGAAAAACCGCAAAUUGAAUGAUCUUCUUGAUGCCCUAGACUUCAACCAAGUUGUUAUCUUUGUGAAAAGUGUUAGUAGAGCAGCUGAGCUGGACAGACUACUCAUAGAAUGCAAUUUUCCAUCUAUAUGCAUUCACUCUGGCAUGUCCCAGGAAGAAAGGUUAAAGCGUUAUAGAGGUUUCAAGGAGGGGCAUACAAGGAUUCUUGUUGCUACAGAUUUGGUUGGUAGAGGGAUUGACAUUGAACGUGUCAAUAUUGUUAUAAACUAUGACAUGCCUGAUUCUGCAGACACUUACUUGCACAUGGUUGGCCGUGCUGGAAGAUUUGGUACCAAAGGCCUUGCAAUCACAUUCGUUUCAUGUUCUACUGAUGUUGAUGUUCUCAACAAUGUUCAGUCAAGGCUUGAAAUAGAUAUAAAGCAGCUUCCUGAGCAGAUUGAUACUUCUACCUACAAUAUCACAGGUAGGUUAUUGUCUAUAUCUUACUGCUCUCAAAUAUUGUUGAGUUUCUUAUGCGGUGUCUUUGAUAGAAUGAGUGCUUGUUUGGUUCUGCUUCCGUUUACUGUGCUUGUUUGGAUUCCAUUUGCAAAAUCUAUUUUGGAUAUUACAAUCAAUUCUACUUUUAAGGCAAAAUUGGUUUGA